AUAGAGAGCAACAAACAAUUGUGGUCAGUUACUGAUCAGAUCGAGUGAGAGGCCACAUAGCACAGUCACAGAGAAAAUGGGUUCCAAAGCUCUCAUCUUCUUCGCUUUACUAUCUUUCUCAGCACUUUCUUCUCUCAAAACCUCUUCGGCAGCUGAAAAUGAGGAAGACCCAGGUCUUGUUAUGAACUUUUACAAGGAUUCAUGCCCUCAAGCUGAAGAUAUUAUCAAAGAACAAGUCAGGCUCUUAUAUAAGCGCCACAAGAACACUGCUUUCUCUUGGCUCAGAAACAUUUUCCAUGACUGUGCUGUCCAGUCGUGUGAUGCUUCACUGCUGCUGGACUCUACAAGGAGGUCCUUGUCCGAGAAAGAGAUGGACAGAAGCUUCGGGAUGAGAAAUUUUAGGUACAUUGAGACCAUAAAAGAAGCUGUAGAGAGAGAGUGCCCAGGCGUCGUUUCAUGCUCUGAUAUUCUUGUGCUCUCUGCAAGAGAUGGCAUCGUUUCGCUAGGAGGACCUUACAUUCCUCUAAAAACAGGAAGAAGAGAUGGUCGCAGAAGCAGAGCAGAGAUCCUCGAGGAGUACCUCCCUGACCACAACGAAAGCAUGUCCGUUGUUCUUGACAGGUUCGCCUCCAUGGGAAUCGACACCCCUGGACUCGUUGCCUUGCUAGGGUCACACAGCGUGGGGCGCACCCACUGCGUGAAACUGGUCCACCGGCUGUAUCCGGAGGUGGACUCAGCUCUGAACCCGGACCACGUAGAGCACAUGCUUUACAAGUGCCCGGACUCCAUUCCAGACCCGAAAGCGGUCCAGUACGUGAGGAAUGACAGGGGAACGCCUAUGAUUCUGGACAACAACUACUACAGAAACAUAUUGGACAACAAGGGCCUUCUGCUGGUGGAUCAUCAGUUGGCCACUGAUAAGAGGACCAAGCCAUAUGUGAAGAAGAUGGCCAAAAGCCAAAGCUACUUCUUCAAAGAGUUCUCUAGAGCCAUCACCAUUCUCUCCGAGAACAACCCUCUCACUGGUACCAAGGGUGAGAUCAGAAAGCAGUGUAAUGUUGCCAACAAGCUCCAUUGAAAAACACCACACUUGUUUCAAUAUCUUAGAGUGAUGAUGUUGAGAGACUUGAAGAAUAAUUAAGAUGAUGGUUUGUAAUGUGUGCAUGGAAAUGGCAGUACUACUAUAUGGUCAUCUAUUACUGUACUGUUAGCUAGUUAAGUUAUUAUUUUCCAAUGUUUUCUUAGUACUAGUUUCAUUAAUUAGGUUUCUGCGUUCUUGAUGGGGACUACUACAGACUGGGUUAAACCUGAUGUGUAUGUAUGUAUUUAUGUAUGUAUGGACGAUGGACGAUGGUGAUGUCAUGUUAUGUUAUUGUGGGCACAUGUGGAUUGAAAUGAUGAUGGUGAAUGAUCAGGCUUUGCGUGCCAAAA